CCGGAAGCCGGCCUGGGAGGAGGCGGAAACGGAAAGCUGGUUACGGGAGAAGUUGCAGCGUGUAGAGAUUGGAGUCGUUUGGUGAGCUGGUGGGACUCUGGGCGGCAAAGAACCCGCAGUCGUGCAUCCCCCAAGCUUCUUUCAUGGCGGUCAGAGCGUCGUUCGAGAACAACUGUGAGGUCGGUUGUUUUGCCAAACUCACAAACACCUACUGCCUGGUGGCCAUCGGAGGAUCAGAGAACUUCUACAGUGUCUUCGAGGGUGAGCUCUCCGAUACCAUUCCUGUGGUGCACGCAUCCAUCGCCGGCUGCCGAAUCAUCGGGCGCAUGUGUGUGGGGAACAGGCAUGGGCUCCUGGUACCCAACAACACUACCGACCAGGAGCUGCAGCAUAUCCGCAACAGCCUUCCGGAUUCCGUGCAGAUACGGCGGGUGGAGGAGCGGCUCUCGGCCCUCGGCAAUGUGACCACCUGCAAUGACUAUGUGGCCUUGGUCCACCCAGACUUGGACAGGGAGACAGAAGAAAUCCUGGCUGAUGUGCUCAAGGUGGAAGUCUUCAGACAAACAGUUGCUGACCAGGUGUUAGUAGGAAGCUACUGUGUCUUCAGUAAUCAAGGAGGUCUGGUGCACCCUAAAACUUCAAUCGAGGACCAGGAUGAGUUGUCCUCCCUUCUUCAGGUCCCCCUUGUGGCAGGCACUGUGAACCGAGGGAGUGAGGUGAUUGCUGCCGGGAUGGUAGUGAAUGAUUGGUGUGCUUUUUGUGGUCUGGACACGACCAGCACAGAGCUGUCCGUGGUGGAGAGCGUCUUCAAGCUAAAUGAAGCCAAGCCUAGUACCAUUGCCACCAGCAUGCGGGAUUCCCUCAUUGACAGCCUCACAUGACUCACCUUCGGAGCUGCUGUGUGGGCUCCUGCCCCUGGACUUUGGCUCAUUUUCCAUGCCUGAGCUAGUCUGUACCGGAUGCUGGCAGUGGGCGUGGCAGAGCUCCGCAGAGCUGGAUUGUUGAUUGCCCAACCCUUCACCUGUGCCAUCUCUUGAUUAUUGUUACUGAAAAGCCUACCGUGCCAUGCUGGCUUUCAGUUCUCGUGGCUCUUGGACGGAAGUUCUGCUCUCUUGUGCCCCACCCCAUUAAAGGACUGCUCACACCA